UUCUGGCUGUUUCAGGAAUCUCUUCCACUCGCUACACAAACAAGAGGUUUAUGGUGGGUGGCAGCCUGUCUCUCACUAAACUGCAGGAUAAAAUACAUAUAAAUAUAUUAUUCUGAGAUAUGAACCAGUUCAGAACUGGAGCAGUGUGAACAGCAGGAUCAGGGAAAGUGGAUUAUUAUUUAUAUUGUUAAUGAUAUUAGUAUUAUUGAUAUGAUCUGGAUGCAUGCUGCUGUCUUAACAUCUCAAAUGCUCAAAAUAAGCCUUUUUUAACAUUAAAUACAGUAAAAUCCUAAUCCAUAAAUAAAGGCCUAUAAUAAAUCAGAAUGUGCAGGUACAGUGUUUAUACUGUAGUUCUGCUCCUGUUUCUGCUGGGUUUUAUAUCAAAACAUCACAGUAAAUCUACAAACCCAUCAAAACUGCUGGAUCUCUCAGCUCAGAGCUUCAGACAGAUCCUGCAGUCCAGCAGAACUUGCUUCGUCUACUUCGGAAAACACGUUAAUCCGGGUAUUGAGGCGUUUCUUGAGCAGUUGGAGAUGUCUGCGCAUGCUUUAGAGGACUAUGGUAUAAUGGUUGGUAAGCUGAACUGUUCGGUAGAGGAGGAGGAGCCGUACUGCAGCAGAGAGGAAGUGAUGAAGAAAGCUCAUUUAUUCAGAGGGGCGGAGGUGCUGAGGAGUUUUGAUGUGGACACUGUGUUUGACGUCAACGCCAUCGUUUCUCACGUGCUUUUCUCUGUGCUCUUUAACGAGGUGCGGUACGUUCACACUCCCGCUGAGCUGCUCGCUGUGGAGAGAGCGGCGAGGGGGACGAGGGACGUGGUGAUGGGUCACAUACAGGUGCUCGGCCUUCCAGAGCACCGGGCUUUAAUGGAGGCGGCGUUUGUGUACGGAACAAAGUACCAGUUUGUCCAGACUACAGGAGCUCCGCUACUUAAACACAUGGGAGUCGCUGAUCCGGCCUCGGUUCCGGCUCGUCUCUGGUUCCUCCACUGCAGCGGCGUGACCCACCGCUCCGAGCCCUGCCCACACACACUGAUGAGGAAACCACUGACCACCAUCAACAUACACACCUUCCUCCAGCUGAUGGAGGCUCCACUGCUGGUGGAGGCGUCUGUGGACCCGGAGGAAGUGAACGUGGUGUUCAGUCAUCUGAAUGUUCCUGUGCUGUUCCUCUUCGCUCAGUCUGAAACCAUGCAGCUGGACAGAGACACAGCCCAGUCUGUGGCCCGAAGACUCCGGGGGGAGGUGGGGGUGGUGCUUAUUCACAGGGAUAACCUCGGUGUUAAAACUGCGCUGAAAUAUAACGCUGUGUAUCAGCUGCCGCAGGAGCAGGAAGUGAGGUAUCUCAGCCUGAAGAACACUGAUGAGGUCGUUAACCUGUUCAGAGAACAGCUUGUUCAGAAGACUCAGGGAGAGGAGGAGGAGGAGGCUGACGAAGAUGAGGGUGAUGAAGAUCAGUGGUCCAGUUUAGAUGUUCUGGAUGAUGAGGUGGCGGAGUCAGUGUACAGAGACCGAGGGUUAACGCUGGACACGGACUCGCUCUCAGAGCUCACAGACCAAACCUUCAGCACUGCAGUGACUCAGAGCCGCCUCAUGGUGGUGCUGUUCUACCUGAAAUGGGACGCUGUCUCCAUGGCUUUCCUGCAGUCAUAUUUAGAAGUUGCUGAAGCUCUUGAAGGUGUGGGUGGUGUAGAGCUGGGGUCAGUGGACUGUGGUGAGUGGACAGUAAUCUGCAGGGAUCAGAACAUCACCUCUUUCCCCUCCGUCCUGCUCUAUCACUCCACUCAUCCCCCACAGCGCUACAGAGGCAUGCUGGGAACCACCAGCCUCCACAGGUUCCUCCUGCUUUCUCAGGUACCGAGUCCAGUGUUCCUCUCCUCCUCUGCGGAGGUUCUGUCCUUCCUGGAAGGUGAUCUCUACAACACACACUCCACCCUCACACCAAUCAGAGUGCUCGGCCUUUACCUGCCUACAGAUACAGGUACUGAACUGGACCAGGAUGUUUUGGUGUUUGAAGAAGCCGCUCAGUCUCUGAGGGGGGAGAUAAUUCUGGGGCUGUUUGUGCAUGAAGAGGCACAGAGAUGGGCUGAUGAACACUCGGUGAUGCUGCCGGCUCUCCUGGUGUCUCGUGGUUCUGGAAUUCAGCCUGAAGCUCAUUCCCUCUCCUCUUCCUCCUCCUCCACCUCCUCAACCUCCUCAACCUCACAGGAUCUGAUCUCACAAAUACAGAGAUUCACACUGGAUCCAUUCCCGGAGCUGGGUGUGGAGAAUCUGCCGGGGUAUGUGGAGGUGGGGAAGCCUCUGCUGGUGCUGUUUGUUGGGGGGGAGGAGAGUGUGGAGGUGCUUCAGUCUCUGGAGGAGAUGAGGAAAGCACAGAGCACCGGACACCUCCACUCAUCACUGCCCUGCUGGAUCCACCUGGGGCGCACUCCUGCUGGACGCUCAGUCUUGGAGUCCUAUCUUGGGUUCGUUCCUCCUCUUCCAGCGCUGGUGCUCUCACAGCUGAAUACUGGAGGAGAGGUGUUCCACUUCCCUCCAGAGCGCCCCCUGCUGGCUGCGGAGAUCAUCCAGUGGCUGCAGAGAGUCCAGAACGGCCAGGAGCCGCCUGCAGGUAUGAUCUCAGACGAGGCGUGGGGUCCCCCUGUGCCCUUCUACAACUUCCUGUCGGUUAUGGACGAGGAAGCACCGGGUUACGCUGCUCAGAGGAGCCAUAAAACCAAACCUGGGGCCAAGAGAGGGUCUGAGAGAGGAGCAGAACACAACAGCCCUCAAACAUCUCCUCAAACAUCUCCUCAACCUCCUCCUCAUACUGAACUAUAGCAUCAAAAAACUGCACUGACUGGAAUCUCCUGGGGAAAAAAUUAAAGACCACUUAAAAAUGAUGAGUUUCUUUGAUUUUACCAAAUUGAAAACCUCUGGAAUAUAAUCAAGAGGAAGAUGGAUGAUCACAAGCCAUCAAACCACCAAACUGAACUGCUUGAAUUUUUACACCAGGAGUAAGGCAGCAUAAAGUUAUCCAAAAUCAGUGUGUAAGACUGGUGGAGGAGGAGAACAUGAUGCCAAGAUGCAUGAAAAAAAACUGUGAUUUAAAACCAGGAUUAUUCCACCAAAUACUGAUUUCUGAACUAUUAAAACUUUAUGAAUAUGAA